AUGUCGACACUGAAAGAACAAGGAAACGAGGCCUUCAAAGCGGGAGACUACUCGCAAGCACUCCGCUUAUAUACACGUGCACUUUUGGCAGACCCAUCAAACGCUGCAUUGUACUCGAAUAGAGCGUUUUGUUACAUCAAGCUCGAGUGUUUCAAGGCAGCAAUUACCGAUGCAGAGAAGUGCGUCUCCGUCGACCCAAAUUUCACGAAAGGAUUUUACAGACAAGCAAGUGCACACGCGGCUCUUGGCCAACUUCCCGAGGCCAUAUCUGCUUGCGACAAAGCUAAAAAGUUGGCGCCUAAAGAUCAAGUCAUUUGCAAAUUGUUGACUGCUUUAAAGGAAAAGCGUCGUGAGCAAUUGUUCAUGGAAGCCAUUGCUGUCGAAGAAGAGAAUGAGACGACAAAUUGGCGCGAUAUGGACGCCUCCAGUGCUGCUUUCAAAAUCGACGACGACAAACCGAUCACUCCAGAAAUAGCCGAGCUUGCGAUGAAAAAGAUGUCCGAGGAUACUGAGUAUGGGAAGACCAAAUUGCACUUGAAAUACGUCUUAAGAAUCAUCGACGAGGUCAGAGAGAUUUUGAAGAAGCGUAGUACCAUUCAGGAAAUCAAUACGAACCGUCGUAAAAUGACGAUCGUUGGCGACGUCCAUGGGCAAUUCUUCGAUUUGCUCCACUUGUUCCAAGUCAAUGGCAUUCCUUCGGAGAAUAACAUGUACUUAUUCAAUGGGGAUUACGUCGAUAGAGGAUCAUUUGGUGUUGAGUGUGUCCUCACGUUGUUCUUGUUCAUGAUUGCCUUUCCAAACUCGUUGUAUUUAGCUCGUGGGAAUCAUGAGACUAAGUCGAUGAAUUCGUUGUAUGGAUUUGAAGGAGAAGUUCGCGCAAAACUUGGAGAAAAGGCGUACAAAGCAUUUGAGGAAGUCUUCACACAACUUCCGUUGGGACAUAUAAUCGAUAACUCGAUUUUUGUGGUGCACGGGGGUAUUCCGCCAGACUUUGUCACCAUCAAACAAUUGAAAGAAAUUAAGAGAGGCGGCGACCCUGUUGAAGAAAGUAUUGCCUCGGCGUUAAUAUGGGCUGAUCCACAAAGUUCAAAUGGAACGGCACAAAGUAUUCGAGGCACAGGGAAAUCGUUUGGUCCCGAUGUUACCGCUAACUUCUUGGAUGGAAACAAUUUGAAGUAUUUGGUGCGAUCGCAUGAAAUGAAAAUGGAAGGAUUUGAGUGGGCCGCACAGGGAAGAUUGAUCACUGUCUUCUCCGCACCAAAUUAUUGCGACGCGAUGAAAAACAAAGGCGCUUAUGUCCAUGUUGUGUACAACACUACAGAGAAAGACGAGGUGCCUACUCUUAAAGUCGAAACGUUUGUCGCAUCACCACACCCAAACAUCCCGGCUAUGGCUUAUGCUACUUUGAGAGGUGCUGUCUAA